AUGGGUCAGCUACCUGAGGAGUAUUUUGAUCUAGUGCGAGAAGCAGUCAGGGAAGAUAAAAGGGUACCGGCCAGAAAAAAGCGCCGCCUUCUGCGAUAUGACACUAAAGAUGUCACAGGCCCUGCAAACGUUGUUAUAACACUAGAUUCUGAAAGCGAGCAUGAGAACAGAGAGAGGUCCAGUAGUCCAAAAGGUGGUAUAUCUGGAUCUUCUACCUCAGAAGGUGACUUUGCUGAGGACGAUGAUUUCAACUCUGACGACUUCGAAGAUGUGACGGACCUGGAGGGUCCAGAGCAAACUCCGCAAGCUGACGUCUCAAUUACCUUGAACACGUCAAAGAAAGAAAGUAAGCCUCGAUCCAAAAAUCUCAUUUCUAAUGAGGACAGAAAGUUCAGAAGAUACUUUCACAUGUUUCAUUUACUUGCGCUUCUGGUGCAUGCACAUAUUAGAAAUCAGUGGUUAAAUGAUCACAAGCUUCACGCCAAGCUCUCGAAAUUAGUUCCGGAUGAUGUCUUCGAAAUGCUCCACCCCAAGAAGGACAAUGAGCUACCUCUUAGAAGCACAAGAAAAUUGCUCGAUGGGCUCAAAAAAUGUAUGGAAAUAUGGUGGAAGCAUUUUGACCAGAUCACCAGAUGGGAAACACCAGGAAUGAACAUGAUCGAAUGGAAGGAGUUAGACGGCCCUUGGGAACAGCCAGCUCGCUUUAUGUCGCAAAAACUAUUCAGCAAGAAAGUUGCACAUGGUAAAGGUAGUUCGGAUGUCGCUGCGCAAGGUUUUGUGGCAAUGUUGAGAGCGUGCGGAGUUAAUGCUCGGUUAAUUAUUAACGCCCAGCCACCAGAUUUUACGGAUAACAAAGUUAGUAUGCCUGGCAACGUCAAGCAUGCGGGUGAAUACUUGGAAGACUCCAGUAGUCGUCCGCUGCCGCGGAGGCGACAAAACAAAAAAGAGAAGGACAGCGAUGCCAAAAGGUACUCUAUAUUUUGGUGUGAAGUUUGGGACAAGGCCUCGAAAAAGUGGAUCACAGUUGACCCAAUGGGACAAAGGAUUAUAGAGCAGAUCCGGUACAAAACGACUCUUGAACCUCAAGGAAAGGCCAGGAGGAAUAAUUUGUUUAGAUAUAUUAUUGCAUUUGAUCGCAAGCAGGGAUGCAGGGAUGUUACCAGAAGGUAUACAACGCACUUCAACUCGAAAACUCGCAGACGGCGAAUAACUAGAGAUUUAGAAGGUGAAGAAUGGUUUAGAAGAAUUUUAGCAAAACUACAUCGGCGUAAAAGGACACGCACUGAUGAUUUUGAAGAUGCAUACUUCCAACAAAGAGAUGAGACUGAGGGUAUUCCUGAUAACAUGCAAGAUCUUAAAAACCACCCUUACUAUGUUCUACAAAACGAUCUCAAGUGGAACGAAGUACUUAAAAGUGGUUGUAAGGAGUGCGGGUUUCUAAGAACUAAAAAUAACACAUCUAGCUUAAAGGUUUUUCGGCGAUCUGAUGUGCUAGUGCUCAAGACAGCCCGAACUUGGUAUACUGAAGGUCGCGUUCUGAAGACAGGCGCAGCUGCUCUCAAAACGACAAACUCAAGAGACUUCAGGACUGGGGAAACCACAGAAGAGAGAUUGUACUCUUUUGAUCAGACUGAACUGUUUGUUCCAGAAAACCUUGGACCAAAUAACGAAGUACCUACCAACGUUUACGGCAAUAUUGACGUCUAUGCGCCCAACAUGAUUCCUCAAGGUAGUUGCCUCAUCGAAAGUCCUGUAGCUGUCAAGGCGGCAGCCCUUCUUGGAAUCGAAUUCGCUAAAGCGGUCACAGGUUUCAAAUUUGAGAAGCGCUCAGCAAAGCCUCAAUUCACAGGAAUUGUUGUUGCUCAAGAAUACCAGGAGGCUGUUGAAAGCAUGAUUGACGGGGUUGAGUAUUCACAAGAAGAGGACAAGAGACGCGAGCAUGAGCUCGAGUCUCUUCAGUACUGGAAUCUAUUUCUAGCAAAACUGAGAAUAAAGCAGAGACUGAAUAAAACCCAUGGGAAGGUCAUUUCUGGAGACCAACACGCCGAAAGUGGUCACUCAGCAGGGGAACUUGGGGGCAACAAUGAUGUAGAGGUUGCUGAAGAUGAUUCUUUUGAAGCUGGAGGGUUUAUGCCAGAAGCUGAUGGUAAUAUGCCAGACGCCGGUGGGUUUAUACCAGACGCCGAGGGAAAUAUAUCAGAGGCUGGAGGAUUUGUAGCAGAAGCUAGUGAACUUCCUGCUGAGGCAGGCACGUUUGGUUUUGAAUCUAAUGAAUUAGUAUCUGGCGUUGAUGACCCUAGCAAUGGUGGAGAAGGCUUUUUACCUGAAGAGAAUGAAAUGGCCGAGGGUUGUAAUGAAAUAGGAGGCGACGAUCUUGAGGUUUCCACUAACUUCAAUCGCAGCCUCCCUCGGUCCUCAGAGUUUGAUGCGGGCUUGUCAAGAGUUGAGAAUGAACAAAAGCCAACGAGCGAUGGAAUGGACGACGAUUACGAAGAAUUCAUGAAAGAUAUAAACUUUGAAGACGAACAGGGGCUGUCAGCUCAAGACGACUCUGAUUUUAGUUACGAGUCUGAAUGA